AUGCCUUUCACCAAGACUGUGAAGUCGGAUGCCUACUUCUCGCGCUACCAGGUGAAGUACCGUCGCCGCCGCGAGGGUAAGACCGACUACUACGCGCGCAAGCGCCUGGUCGCCCAGGCCAAGAACAAGUACAAUGCGCCCAAGUUCCGCCUUGUUGUUCGUUUCUCGAACCGCUUUGUCACUUGCCAGAUUGUCCACGCCAAGAUCCAGGGCGACUACGUGCUGACCCACGCCAGCUCGCGUGAGCUGCCCCGCUACGGCAUCAAGCACGGUCUCUCCAACUGGACUGCCGCUUACGCCACUGGUCUCCUUGUGGCCCGCCGUGCUCUUAAGAAGCUCGGCCUUGACGAGAAGUACACUGGUGAGGAGGAGCCCAGCGGUGAGCUCACCUUCACCGAGCCCCUCGGCGACGACGAGCCCCGCCCCUUCAAGUGCUACCUCGACGUCGGUCUUAAGCGCACCUCGACCGGUUCGCGUGUCUUUGGUGCCCUGAAGGGUGCCUCGGACGGUGGUAUCUUCAUCCCUCACAACGAGCGCCGCUUCCCCGGCUUCGACCCCGAGUCGAAGGAGCUCGACGCUGACGUCCUCCGUAACUACAUCUUCGGUGGCCACGUCGCCGAGUUCAUGGAGGCUCUCGAGGAGGAGGAUGACGAGCGUUUCAAGAAGCACUUCUCGUCGUACCUCGAGGACGACAUCGGCAGCGAGGACAUGGAGGAGCUCUACGAGAAGGCCUACGAGGCGAUCCGUGAGGACCCCGAGUUCCACCCCUCGGAGAAGAACAAGGACUGGGCUGCUGAGUCGAAGAAGUACAAGCAGGUCCGCCUCUCGUACGACCAGCGCAAGGCCAAGAUCCAGGACAAGAUCGCUGCCCUGGAGAAGGCCUACAACGUGGACGCUGAUAACUAA